CCCAAAAUGCGUUCGUUCACCUCACUCCUCCAAGUCGCCUCACUCUGUGUUGGUCUCGUUUCGUCCGUAUGGGCUCAGUCCAGCACGGCCGAGGCAUACAUCGCGUCGGAGUCUCCCAUUGCUAAGGCAAACCUGCUCGCCAACAUCGGACCCAGUGGUUCUAAAUCACAGGGUGCGAAGGCUGGUGUGGUUAUCGCCUCGCCGUCCAACACGAACCCGAACUACUUGUUCACUUGGACCCGCGACAGCUCUCUGGUUUUCAAGGCCAUCAUCGAUCAAUUUGUCCUUGGCCUUGAUUCGUCUUUGGAGUCACAGAUUCAGAAUUUCGUCACUGCUGAACAAAUUCUUCAACAAGUAUCUAACCCUUCUGGGUCGGUCUCCACCGGCGGCCUUGGGGAGCCUAAGUUCAACAUCGACGAGUCCGCGUUUACUGGUGCCUGGGGUAGGCCGCAGCGUGACGGUCCUGCGUUGCGCGCCACCGCGCUUAUCACAUGGUCCAAUUGGUUGCGCAACAAUGGUGGUUCCAGUACAGUCACUGGCACCAUAUGGCCAAUGAUCGUGCUCGAUUUAAACUAUGUCGCGAACAACUGGAAUCAGACCACGUUCGAUUUGUGGGAAGAAGUUUCGUCGUCGUCUUUCUUCACGACCUCCGUCCAGCACCGUGCGCUCCGUGAGGGUAUCAUCCUUGCUACUGCCCUCGGUCAGACUUCCAACGUCGCCAGCUGGACGACCCAGGCCAACAAUCUUCUGUGCUUCCUCCAGUCGUUCUGGAACCCCACCAGCGGCUAUAUCACAGCCAAUACCGGCGGAGGCCGUUCUGGCAAGGAUGCCAACACAAUCCUCGCCUCCAUCCAUACCUUCGACCCCGCCGCUUUGUGCGAUGUGACGACCUUCCAACCAUGCAGCGACAAGGCUCUAGCCAACUUGAAGGUCUAUACGGAUGCCUUCAGGACUAUCUACGGUAUCAACUCUGCCGUUGCCGCUGGCCAGCCCGUUGCCACUGGUCGGUACCCCGAAGACUCGUACAUGGGCGGUAACCCGUGGUACCUCGCGACACUGGCCGUUGCAGAGCAGCUCUACGACUCCCUCAUCGUGUGGAACAAGGCCGGCAACCUGAACAUCACCAGCACCUCGCUCCCCUUCUUCCAAGGCCUCGCCAACGUCGGAACCAUCGCCACCGGCACCUUCUCCUCCAACAGCACCACCUUCCAGUCCGUCACCGCCGCCGUCCAGCUCCUCGCCGACGGCUACGUCGACGUCGUCGCAAAGUUCACUCCCUCCGGUGGAGGACUCGCGGAACAGUACGAUCGUAACACCGGUGUGCCCGUCAGCGCGGUUGACCUGACGUGGUCUUAUGCGUCUGUCUUGACUGCUACGAUGGCGCGUAGUGGGGUGGUGGGAGAGAGCUGGGGAGCUGCGGGUUUGACGACGAGUUGUUCGACUACUGGUGGUGGGGGUGGUGGAGGUGGUGGAGGAAGCAGUGGUACGGUCGCUGUAACCUUCAACGUGCAGGCUACCACGGUGUUUGGAGAGAACAUCUUCUUGACUGGGUCCGUCGACCAGCUUGAGAAUUGGUCUCCCACCAACGCUAUCCCCUUGAGCGCGGCGAACUACCCAACUUGGAGUGUCACCGUCAACCUCCCCGCGUCGACGUCGAUCCAGUACAAAUACAUCCGCAUCAACAACGGCCAGGUCACUUGGGAGAGCGACCCGAAUAUGCAGAUCACUACGCCAUCCAGCGGCACCUUCACCGAGAACGACACUUGGCGUUAAAGCUAUCGGUGACCGGAUUCUCAGAAGAUCACCAUCAUACCCCUCUCUUCUUCUCCCCUCAAAAACGUAUUGUGUCGCGCUCGUGUAUUCUUUGUGUUCGCUUGUUGUAGUUGGUAGUUUGCUUUGAAUCCCAUUUGGACUUGCGUUGUGACGCUAUGAUUU